CGUGGACCUAAUGGAGUACUACCUAGUACCAACCAACCAUUCAGACCAUUCAGCCUUUACCUAGUACAGAGUACCUCCCACUCCGUACCUGCCGUCUUCCAAGGUUCUUAUAGUUCUUUUCUUCCGACUCUUUUAAAACUUCCUCCCCAUCUCUACUUUUUCUCUUCCUUCAUAAUAAGCCCCUCCGAUCCAUCCUCCCCUUAAACAUCUUUUAUAUUGUUCUCCCCGCCUAUUUAUUUCUUAGGCACCUCCAUCCCAUCUUCCCCUCUUUCACCGCUGUUCACCCUAGCUCAUCAAUUAUUUCGCAAUGUCUGCCCCCGCCUCCAAGUUCAAGGUCGCCGACCUCUCUCUUGCCGCUUUCGGCCGCAAGGAGAUUGAGCUUGCCGAGAACGAAAUGCCCGGUCUGAUGGCCAUUCGAAAGAAAUAUGCCGCUGACCAACCUCUUGCCGGUGCCCGUAUUGCCGGUUGCCUACACAUGACCAUCCAGACCGCCGUCUUGAUCGAGACUUUAACUUCCCUUGGUGCCGAGGUCACCUGGACUUCUUGCAACAUCUUCUCUACCCAAGACCAUGCCGCCGCCGCCAUCGCUGCCGCCGGUGUCCCCGUCUUUGCCUGGAAGGGCGAGACCGAGGAGGAGUACAACUGGUGCUUAGAGCAGCAACUUCUUGCUUUUAAGGAUGGCAAGAAGCUCAACCUUAUCCUCGACGAUGGUGGUGACCUGACCCACCUCGUCCACGACAAGUACCCCGACAUGCUUAAGGACUGCUUCGGUGUUUCCGAGGAGACUACCACCGGUGUCCACCACCUGUACCGUAUGUUGAAGAACAACUCUCUUCUCGUACCCGCCAUCAACGUCAACGACAGCGUUACCAAGAGCAAGUUCGAUAACCUGUACGGUUGCCGUGAGUCUCUGAUCGAUGGUAUCAAGCGCGCUACCGAUGUCAUGAUUGCCGGCAAGAUUGCUGUCGUUGCUGGUUUCGGUGAUGUCGGUAAGGGUUGUGCCAUGGCUCUACACGGAAUGGGCGCCCGCGUCCUUGUCACCGAGGUCGACCCCAUCAAUGCCCUCCAGGCUGCCAUGGCUGGUUUCCAGGUCACUACCAUGGAGAAGGCUGCUUCCAUCGGCCAGAUCUUCGUCACUACCACCGGUUGCCGAGAUAUCCUGGUUGGUGAGCACUUUGAGGCCAUGCCCAACGAUGCCAUUGUUUGCAAUAUUGGACACUUCGAUAUCGAGAUUGACGUUGCCUGGUUGAAGAAGAAUGCCAAGAGCGUCCAGAACAUCAAGCCCCAAGUUGACCGUUUCGUCAUGGCCAACGGCCGACACAUCAUUCUUUUGGCUGAGGGACGAUUGGUCAAUCUCGGAUGUGCCACCGGUCACUCUUCCUUCGUCAUGUCCUGCUCCUUCAGCAACCAGGUCCUUGCACAGAUCAUGUUGUUCAAGGCUCAGGACAAGGCUUUCGGCCAGAAGUACGUUGCCUUCGCCAAGACUGAGAAGCUGCCCAUCGGUGUCUACGUGUUGCCGAAGAUCCUAGACGAAGAGGUUGCCAGACUACACCUUUCCCACGUCAACGCCGAGCUCACUAGCCUUACCAAGGUACAAGGCGAAUACCUCGGAUUGGAGCUCGAGGGUCCUUUCAAGAGCGACCACUACCGUUACUAAUUUCUCUUUUGUAUACCAAUUACUUCGACGUACAUAGAUAUCAACAUGUGUACUCGAGAGUUAUUUACAACUAACUCACCCGAAUCCUGUCCUUGGACGAGAUCGGUCUGUGUUUCAACAAGCAUGAGUCUACGCACGCAUCAACUUGCAUUGGGGAUACGGGGUAUGAGGAAUCAAAAGGGACCAGGAGUGCCGGCAGGUCAUAAUUUUUUCAACAAAAACGGCGUUGGCAAUUUGAUGCAUGACAUGAUUCCCCUCAUGGCGUUUUGAGAUUUCAAGGCCAAGGCAAUGGUCAAUUUGAUAAAUACCUAUACAGCUAGAGAAAAGAGCUGAGCAUUGUCCGUCAACCGGAUAUGGAUAGAAGAUAGAAGCAACCAGUGCACUUUUUCUGUCCA